AUGGACCAGCCGUUCUUGACAAACGACGAGAAGUUACUCACUCAAGUUAUUCCGGAGAGCGCUGUUGCUUUUGACGAUGAGAGUCCCUUUUCAGACACGGACUUAGAAAUUUUUCGAAAGGAAGAGCAGAAAGACGCGCUGACGCUGCGGAAGUCGAUUAAGAACGUCAUCGACUUUUCGAGACGGAAAUGGUUCUGUUUUGUGUUUCUGAUUGGAUUUGUCAUAUUUUCAUUUGCGAUAUAUUACGGAGACUGGAAGAAAGAGGCAAUCGACGGAGUAUCAUGGAAAACGUUGCUAACGUUGUUGUCAAUUGGAGUUAUGAUGACCAUCAUAUUGAGCGAGUUGUACCACCCGGGCGUUGUUAUGAUGGCAAUUGUCGGAUUUCUCAUAUCGUGUAAUGUCAUCACACCGGCGCAAGGGUUUUCCGGUUUUGCGGACAAGUCGUUCAUUACAUUGAUCGUCUCGUAUAUUCUCUCGGAGGCCAUUGUGAAGAAUAGGUCGUUGGAAUUCAUCACAAGACAUGUGCUUCCAGAAACAUACCAAACACGCGUGUGGCCAUCACUGUUAUUACUUGUCACUAUUGUGGCCUUGUUGUCUGUUGUGAUUGACAAUAUGCCCGUUGUAAUGCUUGGGAUGUCUGUCGUCAAUUCAUUCAAAAAGACUUCCGGCAUUCCACUCAGUAAAGUCGUCCUUCCAAUUUCUUUUGCAGCGAUAUUGGGUGGGAUGAAUUCAGUGCUUGGAAACUCAUCGUUCCAUCGAGCGAGAAAAUUGUUGUUGGAGAAGGUCAAUGAACUUGCAAAGAAAGGAGUACAUCUCGACAUAAAAAUGCCUAUUUUCGAAAUAUCAAUGGCAACGUGUAUCAUCGCUAUUCCAGCCCUCAUAUAUUCAAUUUUUGCAGACCGGAUGCUGCCAAAGAGGAAGGAUUUGACAACGCAUAUCACUAAUAAAGUAUAUUACUUCUCGUUCAGAGUGACAGAAAUGUCCCGAUUUGUUGGACUCCCUAUUGGGAGGACGGUCUUGAUCAAACCACCUUGUGGCGUGUUGAGAACAAUAAGAAGAGGAGCGACAUAUGAAGAAGUCACAGAAGACUUGAUUGUACAAGCGAAUGACAUUUUGUGUUACACUGCUCCUUCACGGAUAUUGAACGACGUGCUAACGUACAACGGUAUUGUUCCAGAAGACCCAACAAUCCAAGAUUUGGAAAGUACCAAAGUGUAUGAAGUCUCACUGAACCCGGCCGACCCACUGAUUGGUCAAAAAAUCGAUACAUUAUUUGAAUUGAAUGUCAGUGUAUUGGGCGUGUCAAUCAACGAAGAAAAUUGGGAAAAUGAGAUCAAAACAAUCGAUAUUUUAUCUGCAACAUCGACAUACAUUCUUUUGGCUAAGAGUGAUCAAGAACUGCAAAGCGACACUUUUCAUAUCGUGACUGAUAUCGGAAUUCAAUUGCCAGCUCCGACAAACUUGUUGAAGAUUCUGUUUCCGAUAUUGUGUCUGGUUAUUCCGUGCAUUCUCGAAGCGUUCAAAGUGACUUCUUUAGCAAUUUCAGGCUUUGUAGGUGUAUUAGUAUUGAUAUUAAGUGGGUGUUUAACAGUGAAAGAGUUGUACGGGUCUAUUGAUGUACAAGUAUUGUGUGUGCUUGGUGCGUCUUUUGGAGUGAGUUCUGCGAUCGACAAGAGUAGUGUUGGCACGUUGCUUGUGCUCAGUGCAACGAAGUGGUUGUACCCGUUAGGCAAAUUUGGGGUCUUGCUUGGCAUCUUUGUUCCCACAUUAUUACUUGCGCAGCCCCUUGCAAAUACGAUGAUUGUCGAUAUCAUGUUCCCGGUGGUAUGGAACAUGUAUUACGGUAUCAACGACUCAUCACCACAUGGUGCUAUUAUCGGAAUCAAAUCGGCAAUGUACACCAUGAUGAUUGCUUCUUCGAGUUGCUUCUUAAUGGAAAUAGGGUAUUCGACGCAUCUAAUAGUAUGUCGUAAGGCGAAGUACACGAUGUGGGAAUUCUUUGUAUUUGGAUUGCCUGUGUUUGUUUGGGUUGUCCUCUGCGGCGCACUGCUACCGUACAUCUUCUUCGAGGUGCGAUCACAAUAA